CUGCGCUCUCCGCUCUCCUCCCCUUCGGCUCGCUGGGGCGGGGGGCGCGACUCCGGUUGCCGUGCGCCGGUUGUCUUCCACCGCGGAGGCUGUCGCCGCGGCUCACAGUCGCGCGCCAUGCAACUCCUCUGCUGGUGGCAAGUACUGCUGUGGGUGCUGGGCCUUCCGGCCCGCGGCCUGGAGGUUGCAGAGGACAGUGACCACACGUGGGAGGAGGAGCGACCUGUCCCGGAUCUCCAGGUUGGAGCUGUGUACCUGAAUGAAGAAGAGGCUGCCCAGGGCCAUCGGGGCCAGGCACGAGUGGUAGAGCCCACUGAGGCCUCUCUAGGUUCCCGUGGAGAUCCCAUGGUGGUGCUCUCGGUGAUUCCUGGGACAGCUGAGGACCAACGGAGCGCCGAGGCCCGCGAUGGCACCUGCAGUGCGCAGGGAGAGGAGGACCCGCAGUGCGGCCGAGAGAACCUCUUCGGACUGCAGGGUGCAGGCGGCUUCCAGGAUCGGGAGGAGGAGUACUAUGCUGAGCCUGGAGUGGCUGAGGCUGAGCCCGUAGCCACCGAGGAUGCCAACAGCACCGACAGCCUCAAGUCCCCCAAAGUGAACUGCGAGGAGAGGAAUGUGACCGGGCUAGAAAACUUCACUCUGAAGAUUUUAAAUAUGUCUCAGGACCUCAUGGAUUUUCUAAACCCAAAUGGUAGCGACUGUACGCUGGUCCUCUUCUACACCCCGUGGUGCCGGUUUUCUGCCAGCCUGGCUCCUCAUUUUAACUCCCUGCCUCGGGCGUUUCCGACACUUGGCUUCUUGGCACUGGAUGCAUCUCAGCACAGCAGCCUGUCCACCAGAUUUGGCACUGUGGCUGUCCCUAACAUCUUGCUGUUUCAAGGCGCUAAGCCCAUGGCGAGGUUUAAUCAUACAGAUCGGACUCUGGAAACACUGAAGAUCUUCAUUUUCAAUCAGACAGGUAUAGAAGCCAAGAAACAUGUGGUGGUAACGCAAGCUGACCAAAUGGGCCCGCUCCCCAGCACUUUGAUAAAGACCGUGGAUUGGCUGCUUGUGUUUUCCUUGUUCUUUCUAAUUAGUUUCAUUAUGUAUGCUACCAUCCGCACUGAGAGUAUUCGGUGGCUGAUUCCAGGACAAGAGCAGGAACACGCAGAGUAGAGACGGAACUGAACCGGAACAAGAGGGGCCUCAGCCCUUCCUUCAUCUGCAGACUUAGCAUUACAGCCACUAAUGUGCGGACUUGCAGCGGAAGUCAGAUUCAAGAAUCAUGUUCUUGUUAAACUACUGAAAGGCUGAAAAGAUUUCAUAUAAAUGUGUUUUUACUAUGGCGAUCAGCAGGUACAAACGUGUUCACUAGAACUGACUGUUCUUCUUUUUAAUACUGAACACAAUGAAUUUCUCUUCUAGUGGCGUUAAGCAGGAAAGUGUUGUCUGAGAAGAGGAGCUGGGUUGGAAAGUGUGGGCUAAGACCAGAAAUGUGGGCUAGGAUGGGGACGUGUGGGCCUACCACAGGACCAGUGAAAAAUAAAGUCACUGAAAGAACUCACA